AGACAUCUCUUAACACGGGACUAUUUACAGUUUAAAAUUAAGUAAGAGUUAGAUAGAUAGAAAAAUAGAUAAAUUAAUAUCCUACAAUCUGUAUCCUUCAAUUUGUUUUGAGACUUUAAUUUAUUGACAGUCCAUACAUUUAAUAGUCUAUGGAAACCAUGAGAAUGAAUUGAUAACAGAGAGCUGUUAUUGAUUUAAUUAUUAUAUUGAUUGAGUCAUCAGAUCAUUUUAACUUGUGUCCCUUCUCCCCCUCAUAGAGCCACCAUUCCACCUGUGGGACAUCUCCAAACUGAAACUGACUUCAUAUCCGUCUGUGAUCCUCAUUUACACAACACCUCUCCUGCUGUAGCCCCUCCUCUCCCCAGCCCUCCUCCCUCUCCUGCCUAUGCUGCUGCUGAUGAUCACCACCUCCUGAACAGGCGCUCCUGUCCUGGUGUUCCUCCUGUCAGUGUGUCCUCCUGCAGCUCAUCUGUCCACAUGCUCUCAGCACAGAGGGAGCAGACAGGAAGUAGCUCCUCCACCUCCUUCACCUCGUCCUCCUCCUGAGGGCUUUAACUCCUGGAUUACACUGAUACUCCAUUUCUUUUUUAUUUCAUUGAUAUAUCUUUUUCCUCACACCUGCCGUCAUGUCUCGAGCUCCUGAUGGUGUGAGUAAACUCACUGAAAGUACUUACAAGAAUGUGAUGGAGCAGUUUAACCCCGGGCUGAGGAACCUGGUCAACCUUGGGAAGAACUAUGAGAAAUCGGUCACAGCUAUGACUCUCGCUGGAAAGGUCUAUUUUGAUGCCGUGGCGAAGAUGGGAGAGAACGCCAUGGUGUCUCCAGUCUCCAGAGAUCUUGGUCUGGUUCUGAAGGAGAUCGCAGAGACUCACAGGAAGAUUCAUAACGAACUUGAAGAAAACUUUAAGAGAUUUCACAGAGAGAUAAUCAUCGAGCUGGAGAAGAAAACAGAGAUGGACGUGAAAUACAUGAACGCCACCUUCAAACGCUACCAGUCGGAGCACAAAAUGAAGCACGACUGCUUGGAAAGAUCUCAGACAGACCUGAAGAAGCUGAGGAGGAAAAGUCAGGGGAAGCAGUCAUCCAAGUACGAAACCAAAGAGAACGAGUAUAUGGAGACCAUCUCCUCUCGGCAGAUGGACAUGCAGAAGUUCAUCGCAGACGGCUGCAGAGAGGCCCUGCUGGAGGAAAAGAGACGCUUCUGUUUCCUGGCUGACAAACACUGCAUGUUCUCCUAUCAUAUUAUCAACUUCUACGACAAAGCCAAAGAGAUGCUAACUGUGAAGAUGCCAAACUGGCAGGAAAAGUGCAGCGACAUCACCAAAGUGCCAGACACGGUGGCAACAAUGAUUGAAGGUCUUUCUACCACUCCAGAAAAAUCGCCGGCAGUCGAGCAGCGCUACAGCAACUCCAUGCACUCAGUGGUUCCUCCUCCGGCUCCUGCAGUGAAGGCUCAGUUCAGUCCGUUAGCCAACAUGUUCGACCCUGAGCCCAGGUCUCCACUCACCUCCUCUUCAGACCACAACUCAGACCAGGGCAGUCUGGGCGAGGACAGUCUGACCAGGUCCACCUCACUGUCCUCUGGUCUAAACAUGACCAGGAAGCACCGGGUCAGGACCAUCUUCCCCCAUACGGCCGGUAACAACACCACACUUCUGAGCUUCGACGACGGUGACAUCAUCACUCUGCUCAUCUCUGAGGAGAAGGACGGCUGGCUGUACGGAGAACUGGAGAAGACGAGACAACGCGGCUGGUUUCCCUCAUCAUAUUGCAGACCUUACACUGGACCAGUGAUAUCAAACAGCAACAGCCUGGUGGGAACUCCGGUGCGGAGUCUGAGUGUGGCCAGUCUGCCUGAGCAGCAUGAGGACGAGUUUGAGGAUGAGGAGGAAGACGGACCAGUGCUGAUCCCUCCACCAGACUACAGCGACGACGGCCCCUCCAAUCCAGUUUCAGUCUCCUCCACGCCGUCCCCAAAGAACACGGUUUCCUUAGUCAAUGGCUCUGCAAAGGCUCCUUUUCUGGGGGGAGGUAAUCCGUUUGCCACAGUGAAGCUGAGACCAACUGUCACCAAUGACAGGUCGGCGCCAAUCAUCUAAAGCCGGAGCAGGUUGGCAUUUUCACCGCCGUCAUGCCUUCUGCGGGAGUCACACCGCGACACAACAUACUGUAUAGGAACCCAGACCCAACAUCUGAACAGCCCGCCUGCCUAGACUCACUAGUUCCAGUCUGCUUUAUCAGAGAAAAUGUUGAUAAAAACUGUCUUUGUGUCUUUUACUGUGUCACUGUGUUGUUUUCAUUACCAACAGGAAAUCUCCAAGUAGACACUGGAAACACGUGCUCAGACAUCGUAUUAUAAUGUUUGACCACAAGUCUUAAAAGGAACAUUUCAACCCAAAAGUAAAAAUGUGCACUGUCAUUGUCAUUGUGUGUUAAAUACAGUUUGACUUAAAUGACAGGUGCUUGGGGGUUGUCUUGUCUUUGCCAUGUGAACUCUUUGGAAGAGACACAGGUCAAAGUUGGAUCUUUACUUUGGGUUGAAUUCUUUCUUUUAGAAAAUAUCUCAUGAGAUGUUUAAAGACCUGUAGCCGGAGCAGAAAAAGGAAAAACAUGUGAACGAUAGAGUGGCCUGAAGCUGAAGGAUCAGACUCAGACCGUCUUCCUGACUUGCCAAAAGGUAUUCAUCCCCAGGACUUUUUAGUCCUCUCUUAGAAUUGUAUUUGUUGUUGUCCUUCUUAGGAGGCAUUGUGAGAAUGAAGGGAGACUGUUGCUGUAGGAGAGGGUUGUCCAAGCUCAACAGAUUGUCAGUUUACAUUUUAACAUAUGAGAGAUAUUUAUAUACUUUAAGUUUGUAUCAGAUAUUUAAAUUAAAUGUGUAAACAGGAGUUCAGUGACUGGGGUUUCUCUCUAAUCCCUGAUUUUGCUGGCUUUGAUUAAACUGCUGCUUUGUUUUUAAUGUGGCUUAAAUAACCAUUCACUUUGUUCUACCGUUCAAUGUUUUCUCCUUCUGUAAACCAUGUGCCAUUUAUGCUAAAUUAAAACAAAAAGGCUC